AUGGCGGAUACAAUUUCAUUCUACGAUAUUGGCGGAUACCGUGAAAAUGUUCGACGUUAUAAGGAUGGUAUCGAACAACUCACUGAUAUCCAAACAAUGAUGAAGGAGAGGAUAGAUAUUGAAACAAAUUACAACAAAUGCUUGCAAAUUUAUUACGAUAAAUGGUCCGAUCAUGUUGGUGGUUUAGCAAAAUCAGCGAUACAGGUAGUUUGGAAAGAUAUUCUAGAGGAAAGCAUGGAAUUACAACGCUUGCAUGCAAAUGUUCGAGAUCGCAUAUGUGAUGAGAUUCUGAAAACAGUUGCACUUUAUCUAAAAGAGAAUCAUCAUCCAUCGCCAUUUCGGGCAUCGAAAGAAACGCGUGAAGUUGAAGAUGAUUUUGAGAGGGCACAACGAUCCUGGCGACGUCAAUUCGAAAAAGUUGAAAAAGCCAAAAAAGCAUAUCAUGCAGCAGCAAGAUCAGAAAGAUCAGCCCAAAUACAGAUGAAGAAUGCAUGUGGCGAUGCAGCACUCUCACCUGAUAUGCAGUCGAGAUAUCAUGAUCGUUAUCAGAAAUGUCAAGAUGAGCUAGCAAAAUCUGAAAAAAUUUAUCGUUCUACAUUGGACGAUUUGUAUCUUUUGAAGAAGAACUACGUGUCACAUAUGAAUGAUGUUUUCGAAGCAUGUCAAAUGAAAGAACUGAAACGUCUGAAGUUUACUUUUGAGAUGCUUUCCAAUUUGCAAAAAGUUUGCUCCGACUUAGCAUCUGCCACAAAGUUAAAUCACUUGCAUCGUAAUUUGGAAAAGAAGCUUGGGACGGAUAAUACUCGUUUCAAUGACGACUUGGAAAAUUGGUCCAAAAAGUAUGGCCCUCAGUCUGAAACCAAAUGGCCAGUUUUUGAGCCAUUCAUACCGUCGUUGAAUUCUAUCACAUCCCGGAAAAAGAAAAAGGAUGGCGAAGUUGUUCUUAUGAAACAAACAUUCAAAGAUGUUGAUGGUCAUGAUAAUUCAGUCUAUUCUGCUCCGAAUUUAGUCUCGCAAAAUGCUCAUUUAACGACACCAAAUUCUGUGCGUACUAAAAUAUCCAUUAAUGAUGUUGGAGAAGCCAUUGUGGACCAUGCUAAUGGAAUAUUAUCAAAAAAUAAAACGGAAUCAAUCAUCACACAGAAUUGCAAGGAACCAUCUUCAUCAGUAUCGGCGCAUCCACAUACCGAUCAGUCUCCAGUGAUUAUUGUUGAUGUGGAUAAUGCCGGCAAUAAUCCUGGUGGAUCUUCACCUAUGGAGGAUGUUAAGCCUUAUACAGCAAAAGUACUUCAUGAUUAUGAUGCUCAAGACCAUGAUGAAUUAUCGCUUAAGAAAGGUGAAAAUAUCACUGUGCUUAGUGGUCCGGACCACUUGAAUUGGAGUUUGGGGAUGAAGAAUGAACGAACCGGUUUCUUUCCAGCUUCAUUCGUGCAAAAGCUCUAA